AUGGCUCCCAGGACAGGUGCUGAGGCCCCACUCGGAUCUGGGCCCUGUUUGGGGGUUGAAUGCCGAGCUGGCCACCCAACCUUAGUUCUGAUGCUCCUUGUCAGUGUCCUGGUGUCGUGGCUUGAGGCUGCUAAACUCACUGUGGGGUUCCAGGCCCCCUGGAACAUCUCCCAUCCAUUCAAUGUGCAGAGGCUGGGUGCCGGACUCCAGGUUGCCAUGGACAAGAUCAACUCUGAGCUGGCAGACUUCGGAAACUUCAGCUGGGAGUUUACUUACACCAACUCAACCUGCAGCACCAAGGAGUCUCUUGCUCUUUUCAUCAACCAGGUCCAGAAAGAAGAAAUUUCUGCCCUGUUUGGACCAGCAUGCCCAGAAGCAGCAGAGGUUAUUGGUUUGCUGGCCCCCAUGUUUGACUCUGUUGGACAAACAGCAAAACUGGAGAACAACUUCUUGUAUGACACCUGUGUGAAACUUGUGCCACGCAUGCACAGAGUUGGUGAUGUGCUCCAGAAAAGCCUCCAGUACCUGGGCUGGAAACACACUGGGAUGUUUGGAGGUCACUCUGGGACUUCCUCCUGCGAUGGAAUGGAUGAGUUGUGGAGGGUUGUAGGGAAUGAACUCAAAUCCCAUUUCACCAUCACCGCCAGCAUGAAAUACACCAACCACAGUCCAGCCUUCCUUCGAGAGAAUCUUAGAAGCCUGUCAUUGAUUUCCAGAGUUCUUAUCUUAAUCUGCAGCUCAGAAGAUGCAAAACUUAUCCUGCUGGCUGCAGAGAACCUGGGACUCCACACAGGAGAAUUCAUCUUUAUCAUUUUGCAGCAGCUGGAGGACAGUUUUUGGAAGGAGGUAUUGACAAAUCAGAAGGUGAUGCACUUUCCCUUAGUCUACAAGUCAGUGAUUCUCACAGCCCUCAGCUCCUCGCGAGAAGGCCCUGGAGAUGAAGGCUUCCAAGAGCUGGUCCUCCGAAGGCUGCGGGGGCUGCCCUUCCACGGCCCCCUCCACAUGCUGGAGCAGGUGAGCCGUUACCCUGCUUACUUUCACGAUGCAGUCCUGCUGUAUGCUGAGGCCGUGAAGGAGAUGAUAACGGCCAGAAGGGAUUUCUGGGAUGGGCGGCAGCUCGUCAUCACUCUGAAAGGCUCCAAUCAGACUGCUUUGCCGGGAAUCACUGGCCCCGUGUUUGUGGACUCCCGGGGAGAAAGACGCAUGGAUUACUGGGUCUAUGCCCUACAGAAAUCCUCAGAUGGGUCCCUCUUUCUUCCUUUUCUUCAUUAUGACAGCUAUCAGGAAGUCAUCAGGUAUGGUGUGACUGCUGUGAUUUUCACCGUAACCCUCCUGAUUACCAACCUGGGAGCUGUCAUCAUAGGUCUGAUUUUAAGGACACAGAGGGAAAAACUGCAGAGGCAAAAUAAAGGUCUUUGGUGGCAAAUCAAUUAUGAUGACAUCACCAUUCUGUCCCAGAACAAGCCAUCCCAGAGAGGCACACCUGUGUCGAGAGGGAACAACAGUAACUCAUCUAGUGUGAUGAUUUCUGGGGACUUAAGCUCCUUUGUUGAGAACCAGCAGGGCAGAGAGCUAUUUCAUGCCCCAGUAGGGCUUUACCGGGAAAACCAUGUGGCCAUCUGUGAUGCUGGUGACCAAGCGCGAGCCUGGGUCAGGAAGCCGUCUGUGCUGCAGGAAAUCCGGCUGAUGUAUGAAUUAAGGCAUGAAAACUUUGUUCCCUUCUUUGGUAUUUGCACAGAAUCACCCAACAUCUGCAUUGUCACCCAAUAUUGCAAAAGAGGAAGGCUUAAGGAUGUUUUGAGAAACUCAGGCAAUGAAAUUGAUUAGAUAUUCAAGCUCUCAUUUGCAUAUGACAGAGUUAACGGCUUGCUGUUCCUCCACAGGAGCCCACUGGGAUCCCUUGGCAACCUGAAGCCUUCCAGCUGCCUGGUGGACAGACGGAUGCAGGUGAAGCUGUCAGGAUUUGGGCUGAGGGAACUCAAAUAUGGCCGGACGCACAGAAGAUACAACGAGAGAACGACGGACCGCUCCGAGCUCUGCUGGACGGCUCCAGAGGUGCCCCUGUUGGGCACCCUGAAGGGAGACGUUUACAGCUUUGCCAUCCUGAUGAGGGAGCUGAUCCACCACCAGGACCACGAACAUUUUGAUGAUCUAAACCUGGCACCAGAGGAAAUCAGCAGCCAGAUCAAGGAGCCCAGGGCGUCAGCGCCGCUUCGACCUUCCCUGUCAGAGAAGGGAAAUGAAAAGAUGGUGGUCAUGGUGAAGGCAUGUUGGGGUGAAUCUCCAGAGAAAAGGCCCACUUUCCCUUCCAUCAAGAAAAUGUUAUGGGGGCUUCCCUGGUGGCGCAGUGCCAGUCCCGGAGGCCGCGUGAAUGUACUGAACAGUACGGUGAGCAAGCUGAGAGUGUACCCCAAUCACCUGGAGGAGGUGGUGGAAGAGAGGAUCAACUAGUUGAUGGCCGAGAAGAGGAAAGUGGAUCAACUGCUGUGUACAAUGCUGCCCAGCUUCAUUGGAGAACAGCUCAUAGCUGGAAGAGCCGUGGAACCAGAGCAUUUUCAGUCCAUGACAAUUUUCUCUGACAUUGUUGGAUUCACAAAACUCUGUUCUCUCAGCUCCCUGCUGCAACUUGUGCAGCUCCUUAAGGACCUGUACAGUUUAUUCGAUCACAUCAUUAAAACUUAUGAUGUGUAUAAGGCCACUUUCUUGCUUUAUUUUCGGGUUGAAACCAUUGGAGAUGCAUACAUGGUGGCUAGCGGACUUCCCGUCCGGAAUGGUACCCAACACGUGGACGAGAUUGCCACGAUGUCCUGGCACUUCCUCAGUGCCACCAUCCGCUUCCCGAUUGGGCACAUGCCUGAGGAGAAGGUUAAGCUCUGGACUGGCCUCCACACCGGUCCCAUGGUGGCUGGCGUGGUAGGAAUCACCAGGCCCAGAUACUGUCUGUUUGGAGACUCUGUGAACAUGGCCUCCAGAAUGGAAAGUAGCAGUUUGCCUCUCCGGAUUCAGGUCUCUCAGAGUACUGCAGGCGCCCUGCUGGCGUUGGGAGGGUGUGAUUUGCAAAAGAGAAAGAGAGGCACCAUUCCAGUGAAGGGCAAAGGAGAGCAAACAACCUUCUGGUUGAAGGGCAAAGGCUUCACGAUCCCACUCCCCGACUUUACUGAGGAUGAAGCUAAAAUCCCAGAGAUCUUCUGA